AUGUGGAGAUCAAUACACCAGUACCAUGAAACUCAAAGCAAAAUUGUACAGCAAGUUCGCGGCCUUGUGAACCGAUCUUCAAAAGGUCGCUCAACAUCUGAAUCACACAAACAGGCAACUCGAGAUCUCGAAAUAGCUUUGUCAGCUUGGCACUCAAGUUUUAUCAGAAUCAUAAAAUUUCAAAGAGACUUUAUUCUAUCUAUACAUGGAUGGUUUAAGCUGAACCUUAUUCCAGUCACAAAUGACAACAACAUCAAAACCAUUGAACCAUCGGUUGCAUUUUCCUUUUGUGAUGAAUGGAAACUAGCCCUCGACUGUGUUCCAGACACGGUUGCUUCAGAAGCAAUCAAAAGCUUCAUCAAUGUUGUCCAUGUUAUAUUUGUAAAGCAAUCUCAAGAGCUCAAGAUUAAAAAGAAAACUGACACGGCUUACAAGGAGCUUGAGAAAAAAUCUUCAUCUUUAAGAAACAUAGAAAAUAAGUUUUACAAUUCAUAUUCUAUGGUUGGUAUUGGAACAAUUCCAAACUUCGUGGAUCAUAUUGGACAAGGUUUGGAUGCAAGAGACCCUCUUGCUGAGAAAAAAUUGGAACUUGAAGCUUGUCAAAGUCGCGUCGAAGAUGAAAACAUGAAGCAUUCAAAGGCUAUUGAGGUUACUAGAGCCAUGACACUUAACAAUCUACAGACAGGUUUUCCUGGAGUGUUUCGGGCAUUGACAAGUUUUUCUUCUUUAUUCAUUGAGGCUCUUGAGUCAGUAUGUGACCGUUCAUAUGCCAUCAACUAG